GUAUACUCUUUCACCUUGUACAUUUAUGCCUCCCUUGCUAUGAGCAGGGCAUCCAUUUCAAUGUCUAAUGGUCAAACUGUGAUUAAAUAUUGUAGGGCAAAUGACGAAGGAGUAGGGAUGACAAUUUCUGUCCCGUCCCAUGCUCAUAAAGAAUUGAAUGAAGUGGGGUUUUGCUUCUCUCAAAAGAUGUUAAGUUCAAGUGUUAAUGGUAGUAACUCAAAUCGGUUGACAUACGUCAACAACAAUUGUUGGAGAUGUAAUAAAAAGGUCACUACUCGAAUUUCUAAGACCGAUCGAAACAAAAACAAGUUAUUCUAUUCUUGUAAUGAUUUUGGUGGUUUUGUUGGAUGGUGCUUGCCUAUGAAUUCAGAAUGUAAGGGUCAUGAAAUUCCAAGAGAAGUGCCAACUGUCGGCGAACAAGUUCGAUGUAUCACGGAACAACUUCGAGCUAUGACGGAACAACUUCGAAUUCAUAGCACAAAGAUGCAAAAGUUUAUAUAUAUAUGUGCAAGUUAGAAGUAGAAGUAGACGUAAAUAUACAAGUAGAAGUACAGUGAAUACUCUUGUAUGGUUUUGUGAUGUUUUGGAGGAAGUUAUGUUUUGUUAUGUAUUGAAACCUAAUUAUUGUACCUGUUUUGUUGUGAGUGGAAUAGAAAAUGACUUAUUUAAACUUGUA